AUGGAGCCAUAUGUUGACAACAAUGCUGACAUUGGCGAGUUUAACGACACUAUAGAAUCCUUAACCGAAUAUGAAAAUAUUAUUAAAAAGACCUUCUUAUCUGAAAAUGAUGGAUAUGUGUUCUUCAACAAGUAUGCCAAGGAAAAAGGGUUUAGCAUAAGAAAAGAUUGCUUGAAGCACGAUGUUGAAUCUGGUGUGAUUUUUUACCGUCGUUUUGUUUGCUCGAGAGCAGGUCUGCGAAAUCUUAUUCAUAUGAAUAGGAUUAAUAGAAAAAGGAAAGAACGACCACUUACACGUUGUGAGUGUCCUGUUCAAUUUAGUAUUCAAUUUGAUGCAACCACUAAUAGAUGGUUCGUGCACAACUUUGUGGACGAACAUAACCAUGAUUUUGCUGGACCAGAUGAGGUGCCUUUUCUUCGAUCACAUCGUACAAUUAAUGAUGUCCAAAAAUCAGACAUUGUUUCAUUGGAGAUUGCAGGCCUUCGUAAGCACCAAAUUAUGAAUGUUUUGGAACAUCACCAUGGUGGCUACAAAAACGUUGGAUUCACAUCUAAGGAUUUAUAUAAUUUCUCCUGUAGAAAUAAAAAAUCAAGAAUAUUAGAAGGUGAUGCUGAAACAGUUCUUAAACUAAUGAGUGAGAGACAAGAGGGGGAUGUUGAAUUCUUUUAUCAAUACCAAAUAGAUGCAGAAGGCCACUUAACUAAUUUAUUUUGGUGUGAUGCUCAGUCUAGACUUGAUUAUCAAGCUUUUGGAGAUGUUGUCGUUUUUGAUAGCACAUAUCGUGUUAAUCGAUAUAAAAUGCCUUUCAUUCCAUUUGUUGGAUCAAAUCAUCACCGCUCAACCGUAAUUUUUGCUUGUGGGGUUGUUUCGGAUGAGACUGUAGAUUCUUACAAAUGGCUAUUAGCUACAUUUCUUAUGGCAAUGUACCAAAAAUUUUCUAGGUCAGUUAUUACAGAUGGUGAUAUUGCAAUGAGGAAAGCUAUUAAGGCCAUCUUGCCAAACACACUACAUCGUCUCUGCGCAUGGCAUAUUGAGCAAAAUGUUAAUCGUCACCUUCAUCACUCUGCUAUAGGUGAUUUUAGAAAAUUGCUGUAUGGAAAAAUUAAGGAAGAUGGUUUUGAGGACCGGUGGAAAGAGUUUAUAACUAGACAUAAAAUUCCAGAAGAUAAUAAGUGGGCAAAUAUGAUGUACAAGGCAAGAAGAUUAUGGGCAGCAGCUUAUAUCCAUGAUAAAUUUUUCCUUGGCAUGAAAAGUAACCAGCGAAGUUCUAGUAGCUUAUUACCAGGCUUCUAG